AUGCCACCAGAGAUGGAUGACAUCGGAAUCCAGCACGAAACUGCUGCUUUGCCAAAGAAACGUCGCUUCACCCGUGUUAGCCGAGCAUGUGUUGAGUGUCGUCUACGCAAAAUCCGCUGCGACGCACGACAACCGUGUGAAGCGUGUGAAGAUUUUAAUCGGAGAUGCAUUUACACUUCGACCAAAGCUCAACGAACGGGCGGCGCACCCAGGACCAAGAUUCUGGAGGAUCGCCUGCGCAGAGCACGAGCGCUCAUUGCGCAAAUGCAGGCUGAGCAUCCAUCUGUAAAGCAUCGUGCUGAAAUCGAUGCCAUUUUCGACACACCACCAGGCUCGCCAGAUUCGGGUACGACUUCCUUGCAAAAUGAAGAUCCGCGAGAAGAUGACCAUCGAGGUGAUCUUGAGAACAUGAUGGAUGGCCAAGGCGCCUUUACUGCGUCUGACCAGAGCAAUACCAUCUACUACGGUGGUCAAUCAGGCUUCAAAUUUCUGGAGAGGACGCAGCAGUUGUUCCAGGACGAUGGCGAACCCACGGAUCCACGCGAUAAUUCCCAAAGCCCGAAUCACGUCGCUCUUUCAAACCUAUUCGACGCACCACUGCCGGACAGGCAGGCGCUAUCAUCGCGUGUCGCUGUCAACCAGCUCCUUCCUGAACGGACCACUGCCACGCGGCUUAUGACUAUUGUGUUCGAGCAGACCUACCAGCUAUUACAGUUCAUCGAUGUGAAUUGGUUUCACAUGCAUACCGAUCGCGUCUACGGUAUGGAUACCAGCGACUACGAAGACAUGGACCAUGACUUCCUUCCUCUCUUUUUUGGAGUUAUGGCACUUGGUUAUCUCUUCGACACUCCCAGACACCGUAAGCGGGGUUGCCGAAGAACCAUUGAUCAAGCAAUGCGGCACUUCAUUGCAGCGAGACAAAUGACAGACGUUACCAAGUGUCACGAUCUGGUUGCAUUGCAGACAGUUAUGGUGUUCGCGAUGUUUCUCAUGUCGACUGCCCGUCUAGCAACAGCACAUACUUACAUAGCCCUGGCGGCCGCUGCAGCUAUGAGAAUGGGUCUUCAUUCACAGACAAACUACGGUAGCUUUACGGACAAUGAAAAUAGCACACGAGCUAGGCUAUUAUGGACGAUAGUGAAGCUGGAUAUCUACACAGGCACGAUCUUAGGUCUGCCAGGUCUCGUCAACCUCAGCCACGUUGAUCAAAUACGACCGAGUGGCAUGAUGGAAGACUACAAAAUUUCUGCGAAUGGAAUGCCAGUCCCUGUCGAUCAGCAGCGAAUGCUUGCAGCGUCCGCCCAGUACCGAGAUCUACUCCUAAUCAUUUCAAAUAUGGUGCAGAAGCUCUUUCCAAAGACCGAGCAAGAAGCGAGGCAGGUACGACGAUCGAGGAAAAUGCUCAUCAACGGCGCAGUGAUUACGGAUACCGAAAGGCAGUUUCAGGAAUGGAGGGAAGGCUUGCAAACUGCUCUUGGGUCCUCGGUAGACCCAGAGUCGCAGUCGUGGAGGAGUACAAUAUACGAGCUACGAAUGGCUCACAACCUGGGCCACAUCCUGCUGUACCGACCGUUCCUCCACUAUCUAGCUAGACCACGGGGCGACAAUGAGCCUGAUCAUCGACAGCUGCGAUGCGCUAGCGAGUGCAUUAAGAUUGCACGAGAAACCAUCAGUAGGUCAGACGAGAUGCUUGCUCAAGGUUACCUCGCGCCAGCAGCGUGGCAGUCUGUGUACACGAUUUUCCUCGCGAUCGUGGCCCUUAUCUUCUAUCUCGCCACGCAGAAGGGUGAUCCUGAAUACAGCAUGGUGGAAAAGGACGCCUUUACCGGUAUUCGCGUGCUUGCGAGCACCUCUUGCCAGGACAUAGGAUCUCGUCGCUGCCUGGACGUCCUCAAAGUGCUUACGAGGAGGCUCUCCCGCAUCAUCAACCUUGACAUUGAGGCCAUCGAAAAUCAGACACCUUCAUUCUGCCAAACGGAUGCUGACCCAGUAGCAAGGGCGAGUAUGUCUGUAUCGCCAACAACCAGUGUUCAUGAACAGCUGUUUUCUGAUAGCCCACCUCAGCAGCCGCAGCAGACUCCUGGGGUUCUGGUAGCGGACCCCACAAGUCUCUCAGAACAGCAACAGAAAGGGCCUCAACCAUCAAAUAUUCCUGCUGACGGUCGACCUCCUUUGCAUUCCCGCCAGCGCUCUGCGACUCAUCCUGACCCACGGGGAGUACCUCAGCAGCCUGUACCUAAUGAACCUUCUCGAUCCAAUUCCUACUCUGUUUACGACUAUACAUAUCCGAGUAUACGGUCCGACAGCCAAUCCACUGUAUCCAACAUGCAGCAAUCCUCGAUGAACUCCAAUGCUUACAGCCAGGCUCAGCCACAGGACUAUUUUGUGCAGCAGCCUGACAUGGAAGUACCCUUCUCUGACACAUUUGCUUGGCCUUUCGACCCGAACAUUAAUCCAAUGAAUGGUCUGUCGGCUGCCGCACAAGGGCUCUCAAUGCCCGAGUCUGCUGACUACGGAACUUCGCAUGGCAGCUCUGCUCCUAUGAGCAAUGGCUACCCUUCCCACACCGAGGCGAUGUCCCAUGGAUAUUCCCACCUUCAAUCUCAACACAACGCUGCGUAUCAGAUGCAAGGUCAGGUGCUUAGCAAUUCACAGCAGUCGUUACACGGACGCUCAAUGCACAGCAGCCCUGUUCACCAGACUCCGGCACCAGGCAUGCUUCCUCAAGGUGCUAUGGACCCAAGGUAUCCAUCUCAAGAUAGAGCCGCUGCGGCAGGACAUGGUCGGAACAAUAUGGCAGAUAAUUUCCUGACGAGUGAGGACAUUGCUGCAUUUAUGAUGCGUAUCAAUCCAGGCGAGGAGCCCUUCCUGUAA